GAGUCUAUAAUGGCAGGGCAGAGGCGGCAGGCCGAGGGCAUGAUGGAGUGAUUUGUUGGGAGCUGGCAUCACAUUGCAGACACAAAGCUGAGAGCUCAAACUGUAAGUGGUGUGUGUCUUUAACCUCUCCGAGUCUGCCCCGGCUGCAUACUUCUCCAGCCAGGCAGUACCUCUAAACCACUUCAAACAGCAUUGGGAACUAGUGUUCAAACGGCCAAGACGAAGGGAAGUAUUUCUCAUUAAAAUUACAUCAAUCUUUCGAAUAAUUUAAGUCCAAAGAACAUCGCACAUUCUGGAUGGGUGGUUCUUUCCUCACGGCCACUCACCACGUUAACGCUUUUAUUUCCUUUAAACUGGAAGGCUUGAUUAUACUUCCUCAUAGGUGACAGUUACUUCAUGUUGACAGUCACUAAGUCAAGAGGUGCAUAAAGUAAGGUUGUCUCACAAUUAGUGAUGCUUAGGUUGAUCACUGGGUAAGUGAUUGCCAACUUUUCGCUGUAACUGUUUCUCCUCUGUGGGGUGUGAUGCUUCAUGCUUGUGAUACCUCGACUAUAAACAAACUCCCUUUCUCUUGACUUCAGUGUCUCGCUACGGCUUUGAGCAUUCAGCCUUGGGUGGCCUGGAACUCGCUAUACGCCUUCCGACUCAGAUCCGCACGCCUCUACCUUCCCGUGGAACACAAGUUACCCGCCAUUACUCCCAGCCCAUUCCCGGUACUAAAUCUCUUGCUCAACAGGGCUUCCCAGAGAGGCUCGCGAGUUUACGCCCCUGCGUAAGAACACCCACAACAGAGAACCACUCGCCUCUCCCACCACGAGGCGGAACUGACGUAAGACGAACCUGCCCUCUGCCCCUGGCGCAGCCCAGACACGUCACUUCCUAGACCACACCCACUCCGCCUUCGGAGGCCGCAAUCCCGGGCUGCUUAGAGGACGGCGGGGAUCACGUGACCCAGACGCCAUUUCGCGAGAGUCUGCUCAUCUCGCGAGAUCUCGCUCGCCUUGUCUUUUCCUCCUGCCCGAGCCCGGCUUUUCUCCCCUCCCCCCCUCGCCGGCCGAGUUUUUCCUUUUCCGACGGAGUCUCGUCCUAGCGGAGAAUCUCCCUGCUGCAGCUGCCCCUGCCGCCGCUCGCUCGCUUCCCCGACCCCUGCCCGCCGUCCCGCCCCCAGCCCCACCCAAGAUGUCAGAGGAUCUGGCAAAACAGUUGGCUAGCUACAAAGCACAACUUCAGCAAGUAGAAGCUGCUCUGUCGGGCAAUGGAGAAAAUGAAGAUCUCCUGAAACUGAAGAAGGAUUUGCAAGAAGUAAUAGAACUGACCAAAGACCUUUUGUCAACUCAGCCUUCGGAAACUCUUACAAGUUCAGACAGUUUUGCUUCCACUCAGCCUACUCAUUCAUGGAAAGUAGGAGACAAGUGCAUGGCCGUCUGGAGUGAAGAUGGACAGUGUUACGAAGCGGAGAUUGAAGAGAUAGAUGAAGAGAAUGGCACAGCUGCAAUCACCUUUGCUGUUUAUGGCAAUGCCGAAGUGACUCCAUUGUUGAACCUCAAGCCUGUAGAAGAAGGAAGGAAGGCAAAAGAGGACAGUGGCAACAAACCCAUGUCAAAAAAAGAAAUGAUUGCCCAGCAACGUGAAUAUAAAAAGAAAAAAGCUUUGAAGAAAGCCCAGAGGAUAAGAGAGCUUGAACAGGAGCGGGAGGACCAGAAGGUGAAGUGGCAGCAGUUCAACAACAGGGCUUACUCAAAAAACAAGAAGGGGCAGGUAAAGAGGAGUAUUUUUGCUUCGCCAGAAAGUGUGACGGGCAAAGUUGGAGUAGGAACUUGUGGAAUUGCCGACAAGCCCAUGACACAGUAUCAAGAUACAUCUAAAUACAAUGUCAGGCAUUUGAUGCCUCAAUAAUCAGAAAAACUGUUGGAUUUCAUCUCUGCAGGGCUUUACAUUUACCUUUUUAUCCUUAUAUUUUUCUAAAGGUAAAUUAUUUGUUAGAGGAGUAAGGAAGAUAUGUUGUUGUCAUUGUUUGGCUUUGGUAGAAUGAAACUUGAAGACAUUUGAUAACUGCUAUCAUUUAACCUUUCAUUACGACUUACCACAGCUUCCUCAGUAUGUUGAACAAGGCAACUUUUCUAGGUAAAUGCUGCUUAAAUCAGCAUUUAGAUGACUUACGAACUCCAAGCUCCAUUUAACUGAUAUUGUGUAGACAGUUUAUAAGUCCUGACUUGGAAUUUUCAGAUGCUUUGCACUUGACAUAUUCCAACAGUUCAUUGGAACAUCGAGGCAAAAUGCCAGCCUGCUAACGAGAGCUUCUUCAGUUUUACAACCUGGCCAUUGUCCAGACAAGCCUGAGUAUAGGUUAAUUUAUAAACGGCAAAGUUUAUUUUGAGGUUUUUUUCCUUGAAUUACUUGUUUCCUGGGCCUAUUAGGUCACCUCUACAAUUGACUCACCUUGUAUUUUUUGUCAUUGAGUUUGAAUUUUAUAUUAAAAACAAACAAACAAACAAACCAUGUUUAGGAUGUGCUCCCCUUCUCUGGUGUUUAUUUGGUGUUUGUAUUGUUUUUUCCUUUGUUGACUUUUCACUUGUGGUAGUGGUACCAUUUGGGACGUGUACUGUUUCUAUGGGAAAACAGAAGCUGAUGUACAGCCCUGUGUACAGUGUAGAUACUAUUUUUGUAAAAAUCCAAGGCUAAAUUAAUGAACAAGAGUACUCAAUGUUUCAUGAUUAAAUUUUCCUGUAUUUCUUGUGCAUUAAUCUGACCAUAAUUUCCCUGUAUAUUAUGUUCAUGUAGCUGAGUUUGUAAUUUUUAUUAACGAGAUCAAGUUGCCAGCAUUCGUUGGCAUAAGUGAAGCACCACAGUUAUCCCAAGUUGAGUUUAAGCCAAAACAAAGGUAGAAAAAAGGUCUUCCUGUUAAUUGGAAGAAGAUAAUUUUUAGAGUGUGUGUUAAUUUCAGUUUUGUAUGUUUAACUUUAAUAAAUAAAGUGUUUUUAAAAUCUUCA